CACAAAUAGCGCUGUUACCUCGAAUAAAGAUGAAAUUUCGACAUUUAUAAUCCAAUAAAAUAUUACGAAAAGCUGAAGAAAGUUAAAUAUCAUUAAAAGAUAAAGAAAGUUAAAUAUCAUUAACAAUAAUGGAUACAUCCACCAUAAAUUAUACAUUCACGUCAACCAAUAUUUUAAUGGGAUUGAAAACUUUGGACGUACAUUAUACACAAAAUUGUAUAAAUAUUGGAGAUCUAAUUUUAAAAUCUUUUAUGUCUAACCCAAAUUUCAUUGGCCAGGUAGAUGCGGAGACAGAAGAAGCAAAUACAUUUCAAGAAAUGAGAGAGAAGAGCGUGAAAUGUGCAUUAUGGAUGAAAAGAUCGGGUAUUCUACCCAAUGAUGUAAUAAUGGUAUGCACAAACAAUCAAUUAGACGCUUAUGUACCGUUUCUGGCGGCUUUAUACAUCGGUGCUGUUGUUAGUCCAUUGGAUCAGUAUUUUGUCGAAGACAAUUUAAGUUAUUUUUUGGAACAAGUUAAACCAGCUAUGCUCUUCAUCGAUGAGAAAUUUUAUAUGACUGCUUUUCAUUCUAAGAAUCAAUUAAAAUUUUUCAGAAACAUACCAUACCCAAAAAUCAUAGUUUUUCCCGAUAAAAAUAUAGAUUUAUUAAGUAGAAAUAAAUCCUUACUAACUCUGGAAACAAUUCUCAAUUAUAACUACAAUCUGACCGAAACUGAACUUUACUCUUGUGCAAAUGUAACAGAUAUGACAAUUGCGAUGAUAUUAUUUACUUCAGGCACAACUGAUUUUCCCAAAUGUAUAAAAAUCUCUCAUGCAGCUUUCAUGGCUCCAUCAGAUCAGCACGCACCUCAUAUGCUUAAAAAUGAUAUUGCGUUAUUAUUCGAAUCCUUGUGUUUUAUCAAUGGCAUAUUCAUAACUAUUCAGGCUAUUCUUCUACAAGUAACAAUAAUCAGGAUUAAGUCACAGUUUGAUGCAGGAAUAACAUGUAAAAUAAUAGAAAAGUACAAGGUAACGUGGAUGUUUCUUGAAACAAGUAUGUGCAAUCAAUUAAUUAAGACUUGCGAGAUUGGAAAACAUGAUGUCUCCUCUUUAAAAAGAGUUAUAUUCAGCGGUUCAACAGUCAAUUCAGAUAUAAUUCAUAUUGGCUUGAAAGCAUUGCUUUCUGAUGCUUCUAUCUUUCAAGCAUAUAGUCUGACUGAAACAGGCAUCAUUGCUUAUCAGCGACAUUUAGGGAAACCCGGAUCAAGUGGUCAUGUGAGUCCAAAUGUUCAAUUAAAGAUCUCUUUAAAAAUUUUAGAUCAAGAAAGGGCAGAAGGUCCAAACGUCUUAGGUGAAAUUUGUUGCAUGUCACCUUAUAUGAUAGAUGAAAAGCUUUACGAAUUUAAUAAAAAAUAUGUUUCAACAUGGAUCAGAACCGGAGAUUUUGGUUAUUACGAUGAAGAUCACGAAAUAUUCGUCCUCGAGCGAAUCGACCAAUGUUUCUCAUUGUCAUUGAGCAAAUCAACCAAUGAAGCAUAUCUAAUUUUAUCAACUAUAAUUGAAAGAAUAUUACAAAGGCAUAAGGCGGUGUUUGAAGUCGCUGUAACCUUUAUACAAGGCUCUGAUAAAGAUAAAUACCCAAUAGCGUUUGUUGCGCUGAUGUUUGGACAAGAGGUGACAGAAAUGGAAUUGAAACAGUUUGUGAUAACAAAUUUGGAUUGCUACAAUAUGCUUCGAAAUGUGAUAUUUCUUCCUCAUUUACCGCAUUUGUCUAAUGGAAAAAUUAAUCGCAAGUUACUUUAUGAUAUAGCGCGUUCUGAUAUAUUUUGGAAGAGAUAUGUACUUGAUAAUUAAUCUGUCAACAAAGUAUUAUAACUUAAGAUUUGUCUGUAGCAAAAAGAUAGCCGGAAAGAUAAAUACAAAAUUAUAAAACAUUCGAACAUUAUUACUUAAAUAUGUAAGCCAAGAUGCAUGUAUCAAAUUAUACGAUAAUAUGAUAUAUUUUAACACUUUCAAUAAAAAAUGUAAUGCAUGUGUAUUAAAUUUUAUAAUUAGCGUAAAAUACUUUUCAUUGAAAAUAAAAAUUUUAUAUUUUAUAAAAUAUUGCACAAUGUGUAAUUCCAAACAAACUUGAUUGAUGCAGCCUUGAAACAAUUUAAAAUAAG